GCGCCAGCGAAGUCAGUACAAACUAAAAUUUCAGACAGACGAUGACGUGUUUACACUGCUCUAUAGACUACACACAGACAGUUCGGUCCAGUAGCUGCCAAGGGGAGAGGAUCCAGCGCUGGGAUCUCUGAAGUUGAUUGCUGCCUCCAAAUUGGACCCAACUGCAGCUAGAGAGGAACUGGUCAGAGCCCAGUGCCCACACCCCAGCCUUCAUCUGUCUCGGUGAGAGAGGAGAGAUGACAAAAGGCGAGGGUCCCAUGGAUUCAGAGCAGUGGCUUAGUGAAAGACAAGGUGACCUGCCUCACCUGAAACACAGGACAGCUGUUGGGUGGAGAGUCCUGCUGAUCAUUGGCUUUGUACUCGCAGCCGUUGUUGUGAUUGUUGCUGUUCCUGUGAUACUUUUGCCCGGGAAAUCUCCACCCGAGUCCAAGAUGCCUCAAUUCUAUGCCCCAGCCCAGCUAAGUGCAAAACGCCCCGCUGCCUGCUGCCCGGAUGGCUGGGUCGGGUUUGGAGGGAAAUGCUAUUAUUUCUCUGAUGCCGAGGGGACCUGGGACUCCAGCCAGAGCCUCUGCUCUUCACUCAAUGCCUCCCUGGCUGAGAUCGACACCCAGAAAGACCUGGAGUUCGUUAUGCGAUAUAAAGGCGUCUCUGAGUUCUGGAUUGGCCUGAAGCGAGCAUCGGCGCAGACCUGGCAAUGGGUGAAUGGCGAACACUUCAACAACCUGUUUGCGGUAAGAGGAGAAGGCGACUGUGCAUACCUGAGUGACAGCUUUGCCACUUCGUCGUGGUGCUCCACGAAGCGCUACUGGAUCUGCAGCACACCCGACGGGAUGCGAAGGGAGGACGCGAUGCCGGGGGACUGAAGGGCAAAGGCUGGGGAAACGCCUCUAGGCCCAGCUGCCUGACGUUCCAAACAUCGCUCAAUAAGAUCCUCAAUAGAGCUUGACAGAUUCUUUUUUUUUUUUAAUAAGCCUCUCUUCUAAUUUUCUCUGUGUUGUGGCCCCUGUAUAGCCCUCCCCUUCCUGGUUGUGUAACGAAGACCUGAUCUACACAUAAAGCCUAAAACUUACUCCGGAAUGCUGUAGUUAGGCCAACGUAACCCCCAGUGUAGACGCAGCUAAGUUGACCUAGCUGAGCAGAAAGGCAGCACUGCUUGAAGACGGAUUGAGACAAUCUUAAACAGCAACAGGCUAAGAAAAUCCACCGCAAGCAGGGAUGCGAGGCAGCCGCACACAACAUCCUCCCUAAGGAAGGAAACUGUGGCAAGAGACAAGCAGUCAGGCUGUGUGUUUUCUUCGACUGUUGCAGAACCAGACUCUGUUCGCUCAUGCUGUCUCCCAACCCUGAGCAACAAAGUUGUGAGUUAAGGAUAAAUGGGACCGGGAUCCGAACUCCCCAGUGGGCCCUUUGUUGACGCUCAUUCAUAGCUGCCUCCUGCAUAGGGUCGACUGUGUUGCGUUGUCUCCCAGAUCAAAACGUAGUUGCUACAUCUUUGCUAGAGAGUCUGCUUUGUAGAACCAAGAAGAUAAUUAAGGAGGGCCAGAAAUGAGAGGCAGGUUAAAAUGGAAAUUGAAAUGUCUGUAUGUUUGAGAGUGUUACGGCCUUGCUGUGCUUAUUGAGACUGGAAAAGGAAGGCCAAGCAUGCCAGAAGUUGAUAACUAGCUAGGUGUGCUAGCAGAAAAGUUAUAGAGGCGCCUGUGAAGAGGCUGUGGAGAUGCCUAGGAGCGGUGUUUGCCCUUGUGAGAAGGCAUCCGGUUGUGUACUCUGUAGUAGCAAUGCGUCACCAUUGCAUUCCACCGACAGGAAUUUGCCUACAAACUCAUAGGCAGAGCAGAUGCCUUUUACUUUAAUUGAGGCCUCUUUACGAGUUCCAGGCAGAGAAGCUGAGGUAUAAUAGAACCCUUUCGAUUGCGCUCGACUCUCACCGUGAUCAAGUUUUUAGAUAGUGAGCAAAACAAACCACAAAAUCCGAUUCAGGGUCGGCGGGUGGGUUUCCUGACUUUGCUAAAGAAACUUUGAACUUUCUAGUGUAGACUUAGCCUCCCUAAGCACUGCCGCGGGAGCACUCCCGCAGCAGCGCUUUGAUGUGUGAGUGCGGUCGCGCGCGAGCGCUGGCUGAGAGCUCUCCCAGCGCUCUUGCUAAUCCACCUCCACGAGGGGAAUAGCUCAGAGCG